AUGUCCAAAAUCAUCACCAUCGUCGGCGCCACCGGCACGCAAGGCAGUUCAGUAGUAUCCGCCCUGCUGGACAACGGUACGCCAACCUACAGCAUCCGCGCCGUAACGCGCAACCCACAAAGUGCCGCUGCGAAAUCCCUCUCGGCAAAAGGAAUCACAGUAGUCAAGGCCGACCUCAACGACAUAACCUCCCUUCACACCGCGUUCGCAGGCACACACGCCAUCUUCGCCGUAACGAAUUUCUUCGAGGCCCUGCCAACGCUCGGAUUUGCCGGCGCAAUGGAAAUCGAAACGGCGCAGGGCAUAAACCUCGCUAUUGCGGCCGCCGAAACACCGACGCUGGAGCACUACAUCUGGUCAACGCUCCCGAACUCCGCCGCGAAUACCGGGGGGAAGGUCGUGGUCCCGUACUACGAGAGUAAGAACCGCGUUGAUGCUUAUAUACGAUCUUCCCUUCCCGACCUUCUGAAGAAGACGACUUUCCUCUGGCUUGCCUGGUUCGCGGGAAACAUGCUUGUGCCCAUCUACACACCAACGCGCAUUCGAACCCUCGACGGAUCGAAACUGCACGUGCAACUCCUAAGUAUCCCCUCCUCAACGCCCAUCCCACUCCUGGGCGACGAAAAGACCAACGCGGGCCUCUUCGUGCGCGCGAUCCUGGAGCAACCGCACCUUACAAAAUCCGCGAACGGGAAAAUCGUCUCGACGGUCCUCGAGUACAGACAGAUUGCCCAGGUCGUCGAUGCCUUUUCGAACCACCAGGGGAUUCAGACGAGGUGCCUGACGCUGAACAAGGAGGACUAUAGAUCUCUCUGGCCGGUUUGGAGCGAGGUGUUUCAUCUGUCGCAUUUAUAUUUUGAGGUUAUGGGGACAAGGGCAUUUUCGGUUGCUUCAGAAAAGGAGGGAGAGGAAGCGCAGGGGUGGUGCGAGGUUCUUACGAAGGAAGAUCUUGGUGUGGAAGGGUUGGUUGGGGUUGAAGAGGCGUUUGAGCGGAUGGGGGUCUUGGAGUGGAAGUAG